AUGAGUCAAAACAUGAGCACCACCAUGAGUCGAUCUCCUGGUGUUGCAAGAGCACUAUCUCCAUCAACCAUUACAGCCGAUUAUCAAUUAUAUGGCAAGAAAAAACCACACACUGUAUAUACGGAACAAGAAUUAAAAGAAUGUACUUUUAAACCAAAGAUUUCGGAGAAUGUAAGUGUUCAAAGCUAUCAAGGUCGGAGUGACGACAACUCUGAUCAGUCAAAAGUUUUGUUGCAUGAUCUUACUUCUGAUCCAGUUCAAGAGAGAACUAAACAAAUUUUGGAACAACGAGAAAAAAGAAUUAAAGAAAUUCGAUCUCGUUUAGAAGAGCAAAAACAAUUGACUUUUAAACCUAGUAUUUCCGAAUAUGAAUUUAGAGGAAAGGUAAGUUCAGAAGAUAAGUACAUCGUCAAGUACCAUAACUGUUUAAAGAGAACUAAUUUUAUGGAAUCCAUUGAUGAACAAAUACAAAAAAGAAGAGAAUUUCUUGAAAAAUGUGAGCUUGAGCGCAAAUUGAGAGAAGAAAAGGAGAGUGUUGCUUCGUUUACUCCUCAUAUUACAGAAACAUCAAAACAGCUAGGAGCAAGAGGUGGUAAUGUUUUUGACAGGUUGUUCACCACUCCUAAAAAGGUUCCCUCCGAUGGGCAAAGCGAAAUGGAUUUAAACAGCACAGCCAUUUCUUCAGAUUCCAAAUCGAAAUCGGUUCGAGGCGAAUCUAUGACUCCAUCGGCAGAUGAAAAACUUUACCUUCAAGCAAAAGAAAGGGAACAAAAAAGAAAGCAGAUAGAGGAAGAAGCCUUUGAACAAGCAAGAAGACUUCAAGAAUUUAAAGUCAAUGAGAAAUCUGAAGAGUUUUUAAGAGCCAAGCUUAUAAAGGAUUUAGCAAAGGCAUUCAAGGAUUGUCCAAGAGAGGACGAUUUGCUCCUAUCUUUUUCAGAAUUUGAGAAGGUAUUGUCCAAUCUGUCUCUUUCUGCUUCAAAGAAGGAAGAUCAAAGAAUCAUUGAUGACAUUUGGAAACUGAUGGACUCUGGAAGUGGAAAAGUGCAUUUUGAAAAAUAUUUAUCCAUCAUGAUGGCCAUCUUUGACAAGAACCUAAUCUCAAAAUCGGAAGAACAUUUAAGAGAACAAUUAGAAGAACUUGGUCAGUCCAUCAAGAAACUUUCCAUUAACAAAAUUGCUUUUACAAAAAUCAAUGAAGAACGUUUUGAAAAGAUUAAGAAAGAAACAGAUAAGGAUCUCACCUUUAAACCAAACAUUAAUGCAACCACUCCAAAGAAACAACGAGAGAAUAAUAAUGAAACAUUGGAUGCAAAGAACGAACCUAGAUAUUUAAAACUCAUGAAACAUCACAAUGAAAUGGAAGAAAAGAUGAAGAGAGAUCGAGAAGCAUGGGAAAAGAAGAAAAUGUCUGAUUGCACAUUCCAACCAAGGACCAACUCUGCAAAAAAGUCCUAUGGUCAAAAUCACAACAGCAAUGCAUCAAGUGUUUCAAGAUUUGACAUGCUUUACCAAAUGGCAAACAAACCAAAAAAACCACUCACAGAAAAGACAGCUGCAGAGAAAGAAAUUGAAGAAUGCACAUUCCAUCCGGACACAUCCUCCACCAAGAAGGUGAAUCUUUCAAAAUCAGUGGAUUUUGAUUCUAUUAAAGGAUUUAAAGAAACAAUUGGAAGAAUUCGAAGAGGUAAUGAGGAAAGAGAACGAUUAUUCAAUUAUUUCAAUAAUGUUCGUGAGAAGGCGAAUACCACCACUGAAGAUUUCAAAAACAAAAAGACUGAAUUUAGACCAUUUUCAUUCCAACUGGACAAACGAAAAAAGUCAAAACCUCUCCUCUAUAUGGAUGUCAAUCUUGGUGUUGGAAAAAGUGGUCGUCUUGCCAUCCACGAAGGAGACUCUGCAGAAGAUUUAGCUGCAAAUUUUGCCAAAACCUACAAACUCGAUGAAAUGUUACAAAAGAGGUUAGAACAAUUGAUCCAACAUCAUAUGGACAUGCAUGAGCAAGCAUUGGAGAAUGAUGUCAGCUUGAAGACAGGUACUUCCAAUUUUGAAAAAGAACACACGAAUGAUGACGUGCAGAAAGAGAAUGUAAAGCCUCCAGCUCAUUCCGUCGCAAGUGAGAACUCAAAAGUGAAUGGCGAUGAUCCUCGUCGAACAACUCUAACCGCAUCACUCGAUGAACAUGAUGAUGAAUUUAAGUCUGUCAUUGUCCCAACGAAAUCUGCUCGACCUCCCAGAAGUAAAACACCCACUCCAAAGAAUGAUUUCAACCUUAGAAAAAGCUAUGAUGACUCUAAAAGAUCCAAGACCCCAACAUCGAUCAGCUACAAAUCCAAAAUGCAUCUCAAAUAA